AGGUUCCACAGGGUCAGCUGUGGCUCAGGUUGUUGGUCAUAAAUCGAGUGACGGUUUUUCCAUCUUUCUUUUCCCGGGAAUUAGUGAUCGCUCGGCCCUGCUAGAAAAAAAAGAGAGGGAUGUCUCUACGCUGCGGGGGCGCGGUCCGCACCGUGGGCCCCCGGGUAUUUGGAAGAUAUUUAUGCAGUCCAGUCAGAGAAGUAAGUUCCUUGCCAGAUAAAAGAAAGAAAUUUUUACAGAAUGGGCCAGACCUUCAAGAUUUUGUAUCUGGUGAUCUAGCAGACAAGAGCACCUGGGACGAAUAUAAAGGAGACUUAAAACGCCAGAAAGGAGAAAGGUUAAGACUACCUCCAUGGCUGAAGACAGAGAUUCCCAUGGGGAAAAAUUACAAUAAACUGAAAAAUACAUUGCGGAAUUUAAAUCUUCAUACAGUGUGUGAGGAAGCUCGAUGUCCCAAUAUUGGAGAGUGUUGGGGAGGCGGAGAACAUGCCACUGCCACUGCCACAAUCAUGUUGAUGGGUGACACAUGUACAAGAGGUUGUAGAUUUUGUUCUGUUAAGACUGCAAGAAAUCCACCUCCACUGGAUGCCAAUGAGCCCUACAAUACUGCAAAGGCAAUUGCAGAGUGGGGUCUGGAUUAUGUAGUCCUGACGUCUGUGGAUCGAGAUGAUAUGCCUGAUGGAGGAGCUGAGCACUUUGCAAAGACUGUGUCUUACUUAAAGGAAAGGAAUCCGAAAAUCCUUGUGGAAUGUCUCACCCCUGAUUUCCGAGGAGAUCUUAAAGCAAUAGAAAAAGUUGCUCUGUCAGGAUUAGAUGUGUAUGCACAUAAUGUAGAAACAGUUCCAGAAUUACAGAGGAAAGUUCGUGAUCCCCGGGCCAAUUUUGACCAGUCUCUACGCAUACUGAAACAUGCCAAGGAAGUUCGACCUGAUGUUAUUUCUAAAACAUCUAUAAUGUUGGGUUUAGGUGAGAAUGACGAGCAAGUAUAUGCAAUGAUGAAAGUACUUCGUGAAGCAGAUGUGGACUGUUUGACUUUAGGACAAUAUAUGCAGCCAACAAAGCGCCACCUUAAGGUUGAAGAAUACAUUACUCCUGAAAAGUUCAAAUACUGGGAAAAAGUAGGAAAUGAACUUGGAUUUCAUUAUACUGCAAGUGGCCCUCUGGUGCGUUCUUCAUAUAAAGCAGGUGAAUUUUUCCUGAAAAAUCUAGUGGCUAAAAGAAAAACAAAAGCCCUCUGACACUUAACAAGACAUUCAAGAUCACAGGAAUUUUAAAACUUUGACUCCAGUUGGUAACAGAAGUGGUGGCAGAAUGCCUAGACUUCAGUGGAUAUAUCCCAGUCUUUUUGUUUUACGAAAAAUAUCAGUAAGCUGUGCAUAUUUAAUUAUAAUAAUUCAUUUGUCUUUUAGCGUAUCUUCUUUGUCUCAGUAAACAAUUGCUUGUUAUGAUGUAAUCAUAAAACAUCUUUGUAAGAGUUUACUGUUAAUAGUGU